GGAAGUAAUUGAUAUUUGGGAAAAUCCCCCUUUUUAGUGUCCCAACUUAUGAAAUUGCAGUGUUUGUUGUUUUUAUCAUUAUUAGCAUCCUGUGGUACAAUAAAAUGUGACUUAACAGUUAAAACAGUUGAUCAUGGGUAACAUUUACUCAAUCAUAGUCAAGAAAAUGUUUGGAGAUGAAGAUGAAGAAUAUGACUUUCCAAAGACAUUAGAAGAAUUUGGAUAUCAUUUCAAUGAAGAUGAACAGUUGAGGAAUAUAGAAACAGGCAAUGGCUUUAAUUUUGUAGAAAAGGGAGAUAACCAUAGAUAUAACCAGAACAGAUAUGAGGCCAUUGGUGAUAUCAUAACAGACUAUGUCUAUGAACUUUUAGAGAAAGAAGGUUUAGAAAGAACUACCAUUCCAGUAGAUGCUCAAGAAGAUGAACCUACUUCAUUCUUCUUCCAAACGAAAGAUGCGCAGAGUAAUCCAGAUAAAUUAUUGAUAUUAAUCCAUGGUUCAGGGCCAGUCAAAGCUGGUCAAUGGGCAAGAAGUUUGAUUAUGAAUGACUGCUUAGACAGUGGUACACAGCUUCCAUAUAUUAGAUGGGCCAUGUCCAAUGGAUAUGGCGUAAUAGUAGCCAAUACGAAUAUCAACACUGCCACUGUGGGAAAAGCCAAAAAGAAGAUAAGGGGAAGUGAGAGUCCUGAAAAACAUACUACAUACUUGUGGGAGACAUUUGUUCAGCCUGCCCAGGCUAAGAAUGUAGCCAUUGUUGCUCACAGUUACGGUGGAGUGUGUGUUUUAAAUUUGGUGAACACUUUCUUGAAGGAAUUUAAGGAGAGAGUGUUUGCUAUGGCCUUUACAGAUUCUGUCCACAGUUUUCAACACCAAGAAACAACAGAAGAGACAAUCAGCUUCUUUGUAGAGCGAGGAGUGAAUUGGGCAUCAUCUUAUGAUAAAUUAGAUACAAAGUUAAAGACGCAUAUAGAUUAUACCCCAACUCUUUCGGCAGGGACAGACAAGCAUGCAUUAACCUCAUACACAAGUAUGAAAUCUAUAUUUAAAUUUAUAACAAAAAAAUAUUGUGAGCACACAGGAACGCCGCUGCCAGAAGGCUUCGAUGAUACACCAGAGGAAGCCAAUGAAAAUAAUUCAUCCAAAGGUAUAGAAAAUCUAGAAACACCGAUGUCACAGGAAGUGACAGAUGAUUCACAGAUGUCACAGGACGUGACAGAAGAAUCACAGAUGUCGCAAAAUACAGAAAAUCAAGAAACUUCUGAGUUGAAGGACACUAAUAAAGAAGAAACAAUGUCACAAGAGACAGUGCCAUCAGAGGAAAUGAAACAGAAUUCACAAAUGUCUCAGGAUGGGAAAGAGACAAAAGACAAUGUAAAAUCAGAACUGUAAAUAUUAAAUGGGGAAUACUAAUGGAGUUUAAAAUAUAUCUUGAUUGCAUCAACAUGUGUAUCUUAACUUCAAUUAACAAAAUGACAAUAGGGUUCCAUCAUUUAUUCAAGUUAAAUGUAGACUACCAACAAUGAAUAGUUAAUGAACCCUUCCUUUAAUCUGAUUAAGGGACUAUAGUCGGGUAUCAUCCAGAAGAAGGUGUUAGGUACUUUAAAUUAACUAAUUUUUUUGCUGUGUGUCCUUAUUACCCAAAAUAGUGUUUUGUGGGGAAAGGUCGAUAUUUGUUAUGUUGUUGAGUUUCUGGUUGACUUAUACCCACAUCUGCUUUUAUUUGUAUUAAAUAUGCAGCUGUAUUUUAGUUUAUAACAAUCUUGCAUAUCUAAGAGAAGCACAAGCCUUGAUUUUUUUUUUAGCCUCAGCUCAAUUCACAAGCUUAGAAUUAAAAGUUGUAUUUGAAAUUUUAUGCUAUUAAAGUGAAUAAUUAUUUAGAGAUUGGUAAAUGUUAAAUGCACAGUACAUAUCUUUUUCCUGUUUGUUAUUGCAACAGAAUGGGUUAUCAUGGAUUUUAGGAAAAACAGUAAGGCAUUAUGGCUACGAUGGCAUUAGUUUGAGUAAAAGUAUUUAUUGCGAACCAAAUACAACUCUUUCACAGAGUCGUCUCCUCUUGGUCAAGGUAUUUAAACUUUGAAAAUAUAUUACUGAUAUUGAAUAAAUACAACAGCACAUGCAGUUGUGUGAGUAGAUACAUGUAUUUUCGUCUACUUAGAAGAUAAUUUUUUAUUCAGGUGAAUUAGUCAAUGAGUGAUGGAUUUUUCUUAGAAGAAAUUUAAAAGGGUCCCAUUGAGUAAACUACACAGAGAACAAUAGCUAUUGUAUUUAUUCAAGCCUUCGGCUGUUGUCUGCUCUUUGGUCGGGUUGUUGUCUCUUUGACAUUUUCCCCAUUUCCAUUCUCAAUUUUAUUCAAUGGGACAAUUGAAUUGACAAAAGUUUAAAUAUCUUGACCAAGAGGAGAUCAAUCUGUGGAAGAUUUUCAUUUGGUAAGCAAUAAUUACUUUUUCAAAUUGUCAGGAGACAUGAAAAGUUUUGAUAAAUAAAACACUAAGUAUUAAAGAUCUGUUAUCAACAUCAAAUUCCUGAAAGAACAAAAUAGUUGUCUCUUGAAUUUUUCACUUUUGGUUAAAUGGGGGCAUUUUAUAGCUGGCAUCAGGUUAUGAAUCUUUUCUCAUUGUAGAAAAUCCUGUUUUGGCAUAUUGUAAACCAACUUAUUUUAGCAGAUACUUUAUUUUCAUGAUUUUCUGAUUUUCUGGAUGUAUUUAUGUAAGAGAAGAUGGAAGUUAAAUAUAUAAGCGAUGAUUUAUAUUUAUGUUAUUUUUCUACUCUCAAAAGUUGCAAAAAUAAGUUGGUUUACAGUAAUAUACACAUGUUUAAUAAUCACCUUUUCUUUCAAUGUUUAGUGGAAAUUUGUCUUAUUGGCAACCAUAUCACAUAUCUUUAUAACAUAAAAGAUCUUCAAGAAGGUUUUAAACAAAUGUGUAUACAAUGU